AUGAGGCGCGGGGAAGGGCGCGCAGGGGGGACGUCCCCCCAGCAGGUGCAGAACGCGCACAAGGGGCGCAGCCUGCCGAGCGUGCGGAGUGUGUCGGCGGGGCUGCUGCCGUCGUUCCGCGCCAUCUCCAGCUACCUCCGCCAUGUCUCCUCCUCCGCCGACUCCCUCGUCGCCUCCGCCGUCCGCUCCGCCUCAGCGUCGGUCGCGGCGGCCAUGGCGCCGGGCGACGACAGCCAGAACAAGGAGCAGGUCACAUGGGCGGGUUUCGGGUGGUUGGAGCAGGGGUCCUCCCGCGGCGCGUCCGUGCCCGUGUCCGGCACGCGCCACGUGCUCCUCGUGGCGUACACCACGGGCUUCCACGUGUGGGACGUGAGCCAACCACACGCCGUGCAAGAGCUCGUCUCGCGACGCGACGGCCCGGCGGACUCGUUGCAUCCCAUCCCUUACGUCGCUAGAACCCCCCCGGAUAGUCCGCUCCACGACGCGCAUCCCGUGCUCUGCGUCGUGUGCCCCGCUGCCGCCGCGCCUCCGCCUCUCUCGGCGGCAGCCUUGGAAUCUCCAAGCUUGUCCGCGCAAUUUCCGUACCUGGACGACGAUGAACCGUACGCUGACGUGGCGGACGGGGUGGACGAGCCGUACGCGUGCGGAGACGAAACGGGCGGCGAGCAGAGCGUGCUGCGGUUCUACUCGAUGCGGAGCGGUUCGUAUGUGCACUCGAUUACAGUGGCGGGGCGGGUGAUGGGCGUGAGGAGCAACCGCAGCGUGCUGGCAGUGGCUGUCACGGAACAGGUGUACAUAUACGACCUACCGUCACUACGAACGGCCUUCAGUGUGCUCACGCACCCGCACCCCCUCCCCUCCGCCCUCCCCGGCAUCGCCCGCACGUCCCCCCACGGCGCCCUCGCCCUGGGCGCGCGCUGGCUCGCCUACCCCUCCAACCAGCCCCUCGCCCCCCCCGCCUCCGCCCCCCUCCCCUCCUCCGCAUCCUCCUCUGCGGCUGCUGCUGCUGCAGCGGGCGCAGGGGCGGCACUGGUGGCGCAUUAUGCUAAAGAGUCAGGGAAGCAGCUGGCGGGGGGGAUAGCCGCCCUGGGGGACCUGGGGGUGCGCGCGGUCGGCAAGUAUUGGACGGACAUGGUGGCGGAGUCCGCCGGCGGCUCAGGUGUUUCCAGCGCGUCAGGUGCUUCAGGUGUUGCGGCAGGGUCGGGGUCCCCCUGGAGCAGCAGGAGCCCGGAGCACAUGUUUGCGCCUGACUCACCACACGCAUCCGUCUCUGGAGCGUCAGUAGUCUCGGGAGCAUCGGUAUCGGGGUCGUCAACAGAUGGGUAUGCGGACGCCAGUCCCAGGGCAGCAGCCAUGCACUCUCCUUCACCACCGCAGCUCCCACCUGCUGACCCCGGCCAUGCCGGCAACGUGAUGGUGCGGGAUGUGGCGACUCGAGCAGUGAUAGCGCACUUCAAGGCGCACGGCAGCGCCAUAGCACUGCUGGCGUUUGACAGCUCGGGCACGCUGCUGCUCUCCGCCUCGCACGCCGGCCACUCCCUCAACGUCUUCCGCCUCACCCCCGCCCCCUCGCCCCUCCACUCCCCUGCCGCCAACGCACCUCUCCUCGACUCACACCCCCAGUCGCCCCCAGACGGCUGCUCCUAUGUGCAUUUGUAUAGGCUUCACCGCGGCCUCACUAACGCUGUGAUACAGAUGGCACUCACAUCAGUGGGGCGCAUUCGGAAUGCCAACAGUGGGUGGCGGGGGAACGUGACAGGCGUGGCGGCAGCAGCGGCUGGGUUAGGGGGGGAGAUCCCAGGCGCCGUUGCUGCUGCUUUCCACUUUGGGGGGGUGGCAGGUGCUAGGGGUUUUGGGAUGAUGGGAGGGAGUGGGGCUGUUACGCACCACCAGCAGCGGCACCACCAGGUAGCUUCCGGGCAGUUUUUCGGGCAGCCGGACUGGGCUCCGCAGCCAAUAGCAGAGCAGCUGUGGGUGUUUUCCCCCUUGGGUCACCUGAUACGGUACCACCUCACUCCCUUCGCUGCUGCUGCUGACCCCUCCUCCUCCUCGUCCUCCUCCCCCUCUCACACCCACAGCAGCCCCAUGCACACACCCCACUCGUACACGCACCACCCACACGACCAGUACACGAGCCAUACAUACGACCCCAGAGGCAUGUACAUGCCGCCUCACGCCAUGGCUUCCCAUAGCAGAGCAGCGGGCAUGCACCCUGGCAUGGGCGCUAUGGCUUCCGCCCCCGCGUUCCCCCCAUUCUCCCCCUUCCCCACCGUGCCCCCCAUGGCUCAAUCCGACUCGUCGGUGCAGGGGGGGCGCUCCUUUGAGCGCCUGCCCUCUCUCCCCGCCCUCGCGCUGCGCUCUGCUGCCGCUGCCGCGGGGGUGAGGGGCAUGAGGGUGGGGAGCGCCAGGGGCAGCGCAGCGGGGGAGGUGGUGGUGAAGGUGGCAGCAGAGGCGGGUGAGGUGUGGGACGUGUGUCGCCGUGUGAGCUGGAGCGACCGUGAUGACCCCAUCCCCGUUGACAGCACGUGGCUUGAUGGUCACAGUGCUAGUGCUCAUGCUGCUGCUGCUGCUGCUGCUGCUGGCAGUGCUGGUGGUGCUGUCGCUGCUCCUGCUGCCGCUGGUGGUGCUUCUGCAAAUGCUGUGUGCUCAGCGUCAGAGGAAGUGAGGCAGAGGGCGGCGGAGGAGGCACAGCAGAGGGCGUAUCUGAUGCACGCGGAGGUGCAGCUGUCCACCAGCAGAGCGACGCCCCUGUGGGCGCGCUCCUAUGUGCGGCUACAACCAGAGGACCCACCGGUUGAGCUCCAGUCAAAGGACCCAUACAUGCAGCUACAGGCGGUUGGCAGUGAGGCACCCCCUGCCAGCAUUGCAGGCAUCGCUGUGCCCCCUCCCGCUCCCCUUGGCACUGGGGCCUCCCCGCCUGCCUUCCCGUCCUCUGCCAGUCCGCCCACACUCGAGGGCUUUCCUCAGGCACGAGUGGAGCAGCAGCAGCAGCAGCAGCAGCAGCAGGUGGUGCAUGGGGGACAGCAGGGAUGGGGUGGCGCCCAGCAGCAGCAGCACGCGUAUCACACGCAUGAAGGCAUCGGCCCGCAGACACAGCCGCACGUGGGGGUGCACAUGGGAGUGCAUGUGGGCGGGGAGCAUGGCAGUGGUGCCGUGCAUGCCCCCAGACGCACCUCCGCCCUGGGUGGCCUGCUCCGCCACUCCGCCACCGCCGCUACUGCUGCUGGUGUUGCUGCUCCGCGGCUCCCACAUUCACUCUCACCCUCUCCUGCAACCACAGCCACAGCCGCUCCUCUCGCAGCAGGAGAGAUAGCAGUGUCCGAAGCAGGAGUGCAAGGGAAGGAGGGAUUGCAGGGAGUAGAGGCCAUGCACGGGAGGCAAGUAGAGCUACCUGGAGAUUUCCCCGGUACUGCUACUGCUCCUGGCCCCCUGGGUAGUAUUAGCGGCAGCAGCAGCAAUUGGGUGGGCGCAGGGAGCAGGGCGAGGGGGCAGGUAGCACAGGAGGCGCGGACAGGUCUGGGCGUGGCGCUGGAGCAGCCCAUGGGGGGCUGCAGAGGGCGUCAGCAGUUGGGGGAGGUGGGGGGCGGUGGGGGAGGGCAGGAAGGGGUUGGUGGGGAGUGGAUGGCGGUGGAGCAGGGGGGAGCAGUAGCAGCAGCAGGAGGGGAAGUAGGGAUGGGGGUUGUGAUUGGUGUGGGUGGAGGGAUGUUGGGUGGUGUGGAUGAGGAGGGGGGCAUGGCAAAUGAUGCUGAUUGGAGGGCAGACAGCUGGGAGGCUGAAGGGGGGCCCGGCAGUGAAGCAACUGGAUUAUUGGUGCCUGGACCCAGGGCGAUAGAGGAAGCAAGGGAGGAGGAGCGCGAAGAGGGGCGGAUGGGGUUUGACAUGAGUGGGAGGCGGGUCGGCGAGAGAGGCGAGGCAGAGGGAGUGUUUGCAUUCGACGACCCGUGGCUUGCUGCCCAAACGCACACCCUAGAUGUGGUGUCAGAUGUGGUGUCAGAUGUGGUGUCAGAUGUGGUGUCAGAACCAGUGCAAGUGUCAGAAGCAGCCUUAAAUGAGGCGUCAGAAGUGGUGUCAGUGUCAAAAGAGGUGUCAGAAAAGGUGUCACAAGUGGUGUCAGAAGUAGUGGUGGUCGAGGGGGUGUUGAGCGUAGAACUGGAGGGGGAUGAGGAUACGGGAGUUGCAGUGUGUAGCUCUGGCGUGGACGGGUCUGCACAGUGCAGGGUGAGUGGGGUGGGGGAGAUGGAACAGGUGGUUGCUGGGGUGAAGGAUGGGGGGGAUGGAGACGAGGAGAGGGGGAGGAGAAGCGGCUGUGGAGGUUCAGUGGUUUGUACGGGAGGAGCACAGCGUGAGGAGGGAGGGGCGGUGUUGUGUGAAGGAGGAGCAGGUUUGAGGCAGGUGGAGGGGAGGGAGCAGGAGCAUGAGAAGCAAGAGAUUGAAAGGCAGGAGAAAGAAGGUGCAGAGAUGCAAGGCAGUAUCAGGAGUGGUGGGAGCGAGGACAGCAAUGGUGGCAGUGGUGUCGUUGCUGGAAGUGGUGACGACAGCAGUGGAGAAGGCAUUGGGGAUGCAGCAAUAGCCGAACCUGUCUCAGAUGCUUCACCUCCCGAACCUCUCUCAGCUGCUUUACCUGACGAACCUCCCCCAGCUGCAUCACUUGCCGAACCUGAUUCAGCUGCUUCACCUGCCGAAUCUCUCUUAGCUGCGUCACCGGCCACUCCUGUCUCAGUGUCACCUGCCAUACCUGCCUCCUCCGCAUCACCUGGCGCACCUGUCCCAGGUGCGUCACCUGCCGCACGUGUCUCAGCUGGUUACAGAGGCACUCUUCAGUGGCAGCAGUGGUGGUGGUGGUGGUGGUGGUGGUGGUGGUGGUGGUGGUGGUGGUGGUGGUGGUGGUGGUGGUGGUGGUGGUGGUGGUGGUGGUGGUGGUGGUGGUGGUGUUGGUGGUGGUGGUGGUGGUGGUGGUGGUGGUGUGGUGGUGGUGGUGGUGGUGGUGGUGGUGGUGGUGGUGGUGGUGGUGGUGGUGGUGGUGGUGGUGGUGGUGGUGGUGGUGGUGGUGGUGGUGGUGGUGGUGGUGGUGGUGUUGGUGGUGGUGUGGUGGUGGUGGUGGUGGUGGUGGUGGUGGUGUGGUGGUGUGGUGGUGUGUGGUGGUGGUGGUGUGGUGGUGGUGGUGGUGGUGGUGGUGGUGGUGGUGGUGGUGGUGGUGGUGGUGGUGGUGGUGGUGGUGGUGGUGGUGGUGGUGGUGGUGGUGGUGGUGGUGGUGGUGGUGGUGGUGGUGGUGGUGGUGGUGGUGGUGGUGGUGGUGGUGGUGGUGGUGGUGGUGGUGGUGGUGGUGGUGGUGGUGGUGGUGGUGGUGGUGGUGGUGGUGGUGGUGGUGGUGGUGGUGGUGGUGGUGGUGGUGGUGGUGGUGGUGGUGGUGGUGGUGGUGGUGGUGGUGGUGGUGGUGGUGGUGGUGGUGGUGGUGGUGGUGGUGGUGGUGGUGGUGGUGGUGGUGGUGGUGGUGGUGGUGGUGGUGGUGGUGGUGGUGGUGGUGGUGGUGGUGGUGGUGGUGGUGGUGGUGGUGGUGGUGGUGGUGGUGGUGGUGGCAGUGUCAAGGCAGCAGCGACAGCAGCAGCUGAGGUGCCAACAGUGCGAGCAAGGAAGGGGAAGAAGAAGAAGAAAGGUUUAGUGGCUGUGACUGCUGCCCAUGCAGAGGAGGCAACCACCUAG